GGAAAACGCCUCGAGCUAACGUGGACGAAUUCUUACCCUUUGUGUGUGUGGUGGUGUGCGUCAACGUGAGUCCGAGCAACAACAACAGCGCCGACGCCACAGCCUAGUCUUCCGUCAUACCUUGGAACCCUUGCCUCAUGCGUGUGGGUCAAGUGAAGGCGCUGGCAAACGAUGCAUGGCACUCGGAUCCGGGAGGCUUCGACAGUGGUGAUCUCGGUAGCGUCAGUGUAUUCGUGCAGAUGCAUCGCAUGAACGACCCCCGCGAACGCAAGAUCAAGCUCGUGAUGAAGCCGUGGGCAUGUGUGAAAGACAUGAAAGAUCAACUACAAGCCAUGUUUGGCAUCCCCACAGCAGCCCAGCAGCUGUAUUACAAAGGCACCGAGCUUGCCAAUGCGCGCAACAUGGUGCAAUGCGGGCUUUACGCCGACAAGGUCGUUGUCGACCUCGUGCUGUCUGCCAAUGGUCGCAAAAACCGCACAAACCUCUUUACAAUCCAUCCUUACGGCAAUCACGUGUUUCCCAAGUCUAUCAUGAAGGCUGCCCACCUGGCCAUGCAAGGUCUAGCCCUGGGGUUUACUCCCGAGCUCGCAAUGGACGGCACGGGAGGCACAUAUUUUCUAAAGGAUCCGACGCAGCGUAAAGUGUGCUGCUUCAAGCCUCAGAACGAAGAGCCAUUUGGCCCGUGCAACCCACGUGGCUUUGUUGGUCCGUUGGGCGAAGCUGGCUUUCGAAAAGGCGUGUUGUCUGGGGAAGCGUGCGAGCGGGAAGUGGCUGCAUUUCUCAUGGACAAGGAUCACUUUGCGAGCGUUCCAGCGACGACGCUGGCCGAGAUCAAACACCCUGCGUUCAAGUACAACGACGGCGGCGCGGUGUUGUACAAAAUGGGCAGUUUGCAGGAGUUUGUACGCCAUGACGACGUUGCCAGUGACUUGUCUCCGAGCUUGUUUACGCCGCAUCAAGUACACAAGAUCGUGCUCUUGGACAUGCGGGUAGUCAACACCGACCGAAACGAUGCGAAUCUGCUCGUCCGGCGCCGUCGGACACCUGACGGAAGGGCUGAGCACGACUUGAUUCCAAUCGAUCAUGGGUAUUCCAUCCCCGACACGAUCGAGAUUGCGUGGUGCGACUGGUGCUGGUACAAUUGGCCACAGCUCAAGGUACCCCUGAGCGACGAGGACCGCCAGUACAUCCUCAAUCUGAACGUCGAACACGAAAUUCAAAACGUGCUAACACAUAUCCCGCUGCGCCCGGCGUGCCGACGGAACCUCCGAAUUGCAGGGCUGUUGGUGGAAAAAGGCGUGCGGAAACGUGUGCUCCUGCAUGAUCUGGCAAGGAUCAUGUGCCGGGAGGACUUGGAUGCACCGUCGACGCUGGAACACCUGUGCACCCAAGCGAUGCAUCAUGCGUUUGACUUGCACGUACAGCCUCCGAUGCCGUCGAGUGUCAAGGUGGCGACUACGGAGCCUGCCGCUGGGUCGGUGCAACACCCCGCUGCCUCCUGUGCAACUCACGCCAUGUACAGACAUACGCUGCCCGCAUCCUUUGCGUCGCUGCGCAUCAACACCACGACGGCGGCAAACACACCCUCCGACAACGACCAGCACCUACUCAGUCUCACGUCGCCAGUUGGGUUCUGGGCCUCUCUCGACCCAUUCGACAACCCACGGGGGAAAUCGUACCAAGGCGCCACGCCGAUGAGCCCUGCGUUCACAAGUCCGCGCAACUUGGACCCCGCGCCGUGCCUUCCCACGUGGGAGCAACUCAACCAGGGCUUUCACGCUGACGCCAAGGAACUGUUUCACUCGACUUCCUCGUCGUUCCCGCAGUCUCCCCAUCACCCACACGCGACGACUCGAGAUUUGGUGUUGAAGGCGCUCCCAGCACGGGAAGAGAAGCAUUUUUUCCGAUGGCUGAGUCACCUCAUCGACGUUGAACUUGACCAGAUUCUCGACGGCUACGCAGCCACACAAUAGAAGAGACAUGCAGAAGUUCAAAUAUCAAAGCGCUCUGUAGACGAGAGACUCCGAGAGUUGUGCCGGCCACGGUCUCGCACGCAGCGGCGUUUAGGCGGCGGCCACUCUGGGCGAUGAAACGACGGCGUCUUCUGGCACGUGCAGCAACAACGCGGCGGGGGCAUCGACUGUCUUGAGCAUGCCGAGGUGG